AUGGCGUGCGACUCUGCCACAUCCCUGCCUCGGCUGUGGCCAUCUCCCUUACGUGUGAGCUGUAUUCACCUGCUGCGCUUCACCUUAGAAGGGGAGGUCUCCAAGACCAGUCUGUGGUGUGCAGGUGUACAGCAGCUUUCACAUCGGUCAGAUGGUUCUGAUUCGAGGACAAGCCCUUAUGUGGCCCUCUGGCAAGAGAUUUUAGCCCAACUAGCACAGCGACCGUUGCCUGCUAACCCUCACGAACAUGUCAGCGUGCGAGCAGAGUAUGGUUUGCCACAGGGGGAAGUGGAAGGUAGUCGCAGAGAAACACCAGCUCGAAAAAGAAUGAUGGAAAAUUGUACAGGCAUAAAUAAUAACUCCAGUUGCUCAGAAAUUCCCUACAGUGAGAGCAAGAGACUUCUGAUCGCUGUUUACAGCAUCGUUUUUGCCGUAGGCCUUCCGGCAAAUUGCUUAACUUCCCUGCUUACAUUUGUACAAAUCCAGAGGAAAAGAGUAAUUGCCGUCUACAUUUUCAGUUUGUCAUUGUGUGAGCUGAUGUAUUUAAGUACUUUGCCUCUCUGGAUUAUCUACGUGCAAAAUGAGCACCGGUGGAAUAUGAGUGAAAAUGCCUGCAAAAUAACAGGAUUCAUCUUCUUCUGCAACAUAUACAUCAGCAUUCUGCUUUUGUGCUGCAUUUCUGUGGAUCGUUACGUGGCGCUGGUAUAUGCUCUGGAAUCCAGGGGGAGAAGAGGACAGAAAAAAGCAAUCAUAAUAGUGUGUUUGCUCUUUGCAGUGGUUGCAAUAAUCCACACUCCAGUAUUUCACGUGGAUAGUUCUCAAAAUGGUACUAAUAUGGCAACCUGCUUUGAGACUUUGCCCCUUAACAUAACAUUGGCUUCUUUCAGCUUUGCUAGAUUCCUAUUGGGAUUUGCCGUACCUUUCGCAGUCCUCAUUUUCACAAACUACAAAAUCUUCCAAAGUACAAAAACAAGCAGCAGCUUGACUUGUAGCCAAAAAGCCAAAGUGAAGUAUCUGUCUAUCGCCAUUAUUGUAAUUUUCCUGAUAUGCUUUGCUCCCUACCAUGUGGUACUCAUCAUAAGAUCCAUAUACUUUAUGUUUCAUCAAGAUUGCUCAUGUCCAUUCGAAAGAGAUAUAUAUUCAGUUUUUACAGUGUUUCUGUGUUUAGCCACUGCAAACAGUGUUGCUGAUCCAAUCAUCUAUGUGCUGGCUAGUGAAAAUGUCAGAAAAGAUUUUUAUAGGAGUCUGAGAAGAUGGAGAUUGAACUCCUCCAGGCUGAAUUCAUCCAUUAAUAACAAGACUGAAAGCACAAAAUUGAAAACGUUAAAAUCACAAGAAGGAAGGCUAAGAAAAGAAAACAAAGAAAUACCAGAUUCAUCUGACAUUCAAAAGACCUGUAGUAGUGGCAAAGACCAAGAAGGUGGCAGCUAG